CUUAUGGGCCUGAGGGGCUGGGAGAGGGCAGUGCCGGGCUGCGGGAGGGCAGUGCCGCUCGGGAGCAGGUUGCAGGACGUCCCUCGGCUCUGGAGCUCACGUCUGCUCAUAUUGCAGCUUUCUGGGGUGGGAAAAGCUGCCAGACCAGCGGCAAUGCCAAGAAUUCAAGAUUCUCGCUCGCUCCUCUUAGAGAGGCAGAGAAGAUCAUCAUGCAGUGCCUAGACACCCCCCGGCCCUGAAAGGCACCUCGCUCUGGCGUAGGAAGGACUCUGAAAGCUACGCUGAAGAUGAGGCUCUUGCGGCGACGCUACAGCCCGCUGAAGGUGGCUCUGGUGGGCGUCGUUUUUGUCAUCUGCCUCUUCAUCAUGCAGAAGGACGUGGGGAACAGGGACUCCAGCGAGGAGCCCUGGCUGAAAAACAUCGUGAACGGGAAGGAUCAAGUCAUCGAUCUGAUGAUGGGGGCAGUGAACAACAUCCGGGACUCGAUGCCGAAGCUUCAGAUCCGGGCUCCGGUUCAGCAGGAGGCUCCUUCGCAGAGCACCAAGUCCUGCCUCCCCGGCUACUACACGGCCGCCGAGCUGCGGCCGCUGAUGGAGCGACCGCCCCAGGACCCCAACAGCCCCGGGGCCGACGGCAAGGCCUUCAAGAAGGACCAGUGGACCCCGGAGGAAACCAAGGAGAAGGAUCGCGGCUACGAGAAGCACUGCUUCAACGCCUUCGCCAGCGACCGCAUCUCCCUCCAAAGAGCGCUGGGACCCGACAGCCGCCCGCCAGAGUGCAUCGACCAGAAAUUCAAGCGCUGCCCGCCGCUGCCCACCACCAGCGUCGUCAUAGUCUUCCACAACGAGGCCUGGUCCACGCUGCUGCGGACGGUGUACAGCGUCCUGCACGCCUCUCCGGCCGUGCUGCUGAAGGAGAUCAUCCUCGUGGACGACGCCAGCACGGACGACUACCUGAAAGACGAGCUGGAUCGCUACGUACAGCAGCUGCAGAUCGUGCGAGUCGUGCGGCAGAAGGAGAGGAAAGGGCUGAUAACGGCGCGGCUGCUCGGGGCCAGCGUGGCGAGCGGGGAGGUGCUGACCUUCCUGGACGCCCACUGUGAGUGCUUCCACGGCUGGCUGGAGCCCCUCCUAUCCCGCAUUGCAGAGGAGCCCACGGCGGUCGUGAGCCCCGACAUCACCACCAUCGACCUCAACACCUUCGAGUUCUCCAAGCCCGUCCAGUACGGCAAGCAGCACAGCCGGGGCAACUUCGACUGGAGCCUGACCUUCGGCUGGGAGGCUGUGCCGCUCCGGGAGAAGCAGCGCAGGAAAGACGAGACCUUCCCCAUCAAGUCACCAACCUUUGCUGGUGGGCUCUUCGCAAUUUCCAGGUCCUAUUUUGAGUAUAUCGGCUCCUAUGACGAUCAGAUGGAGAUCUGGGGAGGAGAGAAUGUGGAAAUGUCCUUCAGGGUCUGGCAGUGCGGCGGCCAGCUCGAGAUAAUCCCCUGCUCCGUCGUCGGACAUGUCUUCCGCUCCAAGAGUCCCCACACCUUCCCCAAAGGGACCCAGGUGAUUUCUAGGAACCAGGUUCGCUUGGCCGAGGUCUGGAUGGAUGACUACAAGGAAAUCUUCUACAGAAGAAACCAGCAGGCCUCGCAGAUGGCCAGAGAGAAAACGUAUGGUGACAUUACAGAACGGCGCAAGCUGAGGGAGCAGCUACACUGCAAGAACUUCACCUGGUACCUAGAAACCAUCUAUCCGGAGAUGUUCAUCCCGGACUUGACUCCAACUUUUUAUGGAGCAAUAAAAAACGAGGGAACAAAGAGCUGCCUGGAUGUCGGUGAGAACAACCACGGUGGGAAACCGCUCAUCAUGUACCCGUGCCAUGGGAUGGGAGGCAACCAGUAUUUUGAGUACACGACCCAGAAGGACCUGCGGCACAACAUCGGCAAACAGCUCUGCCUGCGGUCCGCCUUCGGGCCCGUGGAGCUGGGCGACUGCCAGUACAAAGGGAAGAACACGCGGGUGCCGGGGAACGAGGAGUGGGAGCUGGCGCAGGACCGUCUGAUUAAAAACGCAGCCUCCAACAUGUGCUUGACGGCAAGGGGGAAGCAUCCGUCGAUGGCUCCCUGCAACCCGUCGGAUUCCCAUCAGCAGUGGUUCUUCACUUAGCGGGAAAGCGGAGCAGCGCGAGUGAGACAGGAGGCCCUGGGAUCCCAAACUGCACUCAGGAAACCAGAAUCCAAAAUUUUCUCCCUUGGGUUUUUUUAUUUUUCUUUUUUUUCCCUCUUUUAAUUUAAAAGAAGCUAAAGCCUUAAAUAUGCUGCAGUUCACGUUUGCCUUGAAUUCAGUCCUGUGCCUUUUGAGGGAUCAGGUGUUGGAAUACGCAGAGGAGAUUAUUUUGUAGUCUCACCUUUUUUCUGAAACAAAGCAAAAAAAAAAAACGACAAAAAAACCCUCCCACUUGCAGCCAGCCUAAGUGUCGUAUCUAGAACUCAUCCAAAGCCGAACAGCGUGGACCCGGCCGUGCCAGGGCGACUCAGGGACGACCGGCCCCGUUGCUAACCCCGGGGCAGCCCGGGGAGCGGAUCUCAGCCAGCAGUGACACGAGGAGCCCGAAAUGGAGACUGCAGCGUUGGUGGGAAGCCUCCAGCCGCUCGUCCUUCCCCGCGCAGACUCGCUUGGGAGACCGCGGAAAGCGGCCGUGUGCGUUUUGAGCUGCCGGUGCUGCACCGCGACGUCGCCGCUGCCCCGCGCGCAAAACCUGUCCAGGAAACUCCUGCCAGCGCCACGGGAGCGAGAACUGAUUGCGUUGCAGAUAAGAAGGGACUCGCCGCACAAUUAAUCCUGCACGGGGAGAUGAAUCACCGUCGGACUUGGCCCCCGCACGGGGAAAGCCGGGGCGGUGGGGACGGGGUGGUGCCGUGCGAGCCGCUGCGGCCAAGCGCGCCCCGCGCUCCCGGGAAGGGAGGGGACUCGGGCCGUUCUGACGCCGUCUGCCUCGGACUUCAGGCUUGGUUUUGGAAGGGUUAGAUUACUUUUUUUUUAAACUAUUUUUCUCUUGGUGUGGUUCUGUUUGUCCUUAUACUGACUUAAAAGACACUGAGCGCUGCUCGCGGGCUGGCACGCCGCUGCCCGGGCGGUGAGAAGGGACGUGCGAGUCCCGGUGACCCUAAUUCAGCCCCUUCGCAUCUCGGCUCUCGCCCGCGGGGGCUUCGGCUGGGACCGGCGGCCGCGGGCAGGGUCUGCGCCUCGGCAGCGUCUUCCAGGAAAGGGGCCUUGCAGGAGCCGUGCUGUAAAACCUCUGUUUUUGCUAUUUUGUUUAAACCUGACUACUGUAGUUUACACUAUUUUGUUUGCAAGUGAUUUUUCUAUUUCAGUUUAGUGUGGCGGGGGGGGGGGGGAACAAUACUCCCUGGAAGGGGGGAGGAAUUUGUCUUUGGUUACACGGAAUAAAGAGAUGCUCUAUUUUACAAAUG